AUGAUGCUGCCGGGAUGGAUUUGCGUUUACGAAUGCUUUUUUACCGAGUACGGAAUGAAAUUUCCGUUGCCUUUCCUGCUGUUGAAAUUCGCCUCUGAACGAGGCGUCGCCGUUAGUCAACUGACUCACGGCGUCUUCCGUCACAUGGUCUUCACGGAUGCUUUAGCGAAGGCCGCGAAUAUCACGUUCGACCGCUAUCUUUUUGAAAACGUCACGGAUCUUCGCGCCGGGUCCAAAUGGGAGGGGAACUUCAAACGUUUCCACACCGCGAUGCGUCAUGGAAUCGUCUUCGGCAAUUAUCGGGAUAGGAUUCCCGACUGGAAGCGCUAUUUCUUCUUUGUGAAAAUUAGCAAGGCGUCGGUUGGGAAUUUCAAAUCCGAGCAGAUCAAAACCGAUUGGGUUUCUUCGCCGGAUCCACUAAGACGAGCCAGGCCGAGCACCGCCCUUAAAAAUAAAUUCAAUGCUUUGAGGGACCUUAGUCAUCGGAUCUGGCCCGAGGUCGUGGAGAAGCUUGAGAGAGAGAAGAGAGAGAGGAAGGAGAGGAAAGAAGGGAGAAGCAAGCCUGCUGUCCCCGCUACUCCAAUAUCUACGAGGUCGCCUCGAGUCAAGAAGAAACCGAUGGGUCUUAGAAAGAGGACCGCCGUGCCGAUUGACGAUGUUGUCGUUGCUUCCGAGCCGGCGUGUAAGAAGAAGAGGGUCGAAUCCCCAAGGCCGAGGGACUCCCCUUCUCCUUCUCUCCGGAGUUCUUCUAUCGCGUCGCGUACGAGGGCUUCGGCGAGGAGGACAUCAUCUUCGGCUCCGGAAAAGGUUCCAGAGGGGUGGUCGAGCUCGAGUCCUCUCCUUCAGAUCAUAACGGCAAUGUACCUCGUCAGGACGAGAGUGCUUCUCGUCACGAUGAUGUUCUGA